AUGUGGAAAACAGUACUGCGGCCUCAGUCUCCAUUUGAUGUGAGAGCGAUCCGAUACGUCAGGUCGAAGCCAUUUCUUGUCAGAGAGCUAGCGAAGAGUCCCUGCGGCAUUCGCACAUAUGCAAAUGUGGUAGAUGUACCCAAAUACGACACAGAAUUUGAUGUGAUAGUCGUCGGUUCGGGGGCGGCAGGGUUGACAGCUGCCUUAACCGCAACACUAUCGGGAAAUCAGAAAGUUCUUGUCGCUGAAAAGACGAAAUUGUUCGGUGGCACAUCAGCAUACUCUGGAGGAGCUCUAUGGGUACCAAUGAAUCCUGUGUCACAGGCCGCAGGGUUUAAAGAUACGCCAGAACAAGCGGAUACGUACCUCCGAAACUAUCUGAAAGACGAAUACGAUGCCGCCAAACCUAUGAUAUCUGCCUAUCUAGAAGCCGCGCCAGCAAUGGUCAAGUUCCUGGAAAGCAACUCGGCAACGCAGUUCGUUGCUGCGCCAACUCCGGACUACUAUAUGCAUCUCGACGGUGCUUGCAAGGCCGGAAGGACUGUCUUGAAUGCUCCAUACGACGGGCGAAGACUUCGAGGAAUGGUUAACCAAAUACGUUACCCUCUACAAGGCUACUGUGCCUUUGGUUCUCUACAGGUUGACCUACUUGCCCUGAAUACCUGGAGACAGCCAUUCAGAAGCUGGAAAAACUUUUCGGCAGUCACUAGAGGGGUCCUGCGAUACGCAGCUGACCGUGUGCGGUGGGGCAAGGGAACUGAGCUAUGCAACGGAAAUGCGUUGGUUGGUCGACUGUUUGAGAAAGCCACGGAGUCUGGUGUCCAACUUUGGAACAACGCUCCAGCGGUACAGCCACUCCUGGAAAAUGGUCGGGUCGUUGGCAUGGUUAUCAACAAAGAUGACCGAGAGCUGAGAGUCUAUGCAAAGCGUGGAGUCAUCCUUGCAAGUGGUGGAUUUGCGCGAUCUGCCGAACUCAGCCGCAAAUAUCUAUCAAAUCCCGACUGGACGGUCAGCCCUCGGGGAAAUGUGGGCGAUGGAUUGCGAUUCGGGCUUGAAAGUGGAGGGAAGUUACCUGCUCCGCUCGGGGAAAAUGCUGCUCUAUGGUCGCCCAUUUCCAUAUUACGCCCUCCGAAAGGGCCGGCUCGAUCUUAUCCUCACUUCGCAACUGCUAUCACAAAGCCAGGCUCGAUUAUGGUGGACAGCGACGGUAGACGAUUUGCAAACGAAGCAGCAUCAUACCAGGAUCUAGGACGAGCGACUCAUGAGGCUGGAGUUCGCGUAUCCUACUUGAUUGGUGAUAAGCGGCACCUUCAGAAUUACGGAAUGGGUAUGGCUUUACCAGGAGGCUACCCUAUCAGGCACCUGAUCAAACGCGGCUAUCUCAUCACCGCUCGAACGAUUCCUGCUCUUGCGCACAAACUUGGGAUUGAUCCUAACAACCUGUCGACUACAAUUGAGCGGUUUAACGACUUCGCUAGGAAAGGUAAAGACGAAGACUUCGGGCGAGGGGAUGGAUCGUUCGAUCAAGCAUAUGGAGAUUUCGAAGUGAAGCCAAACCCGAGCCUGGCACCAUUGGAGAAGAGUCCAUUCUAUGCGUUAACUCUCUACUCUGGGAACGGUAUCACUAUGUAUGGGUUAGACACAAACAGGGACGGCCAGGUACUGAAGGACUCGGGUGAGCCAGUGCCUGGUCUGUACGCCGUGGGUGCGGAUUCGAAUCAUUUCUUGAAAGGACGUUAUCCAUCGGGGGGUUUGACUUUGGGACCAUCAAUGGUGUUUGGAUACCGUGCAGGUCUUCAUAUUGCAAAGCAAUAA